CGGAGGAGGAGCCCAAAGAUCUGCUCUGAAAAAGGCAGCGCUGCAUCAAGCAACGAUGGGAGAUCGCGAAUACAUCAUCACAGGCGGCUAUUGCCACCCCCCGUCAGACCCGGCGUCCAGCACUCACGCCCGAAGCCGCUUCAAAGGCAAGUCCAUCAUCGUCACAGGAGGCGCCGGCAACUUCGGCAAGGCAUGCGCCCUUCGCAUGGCGUCAGAGGGCGCUAAAGUCGCCCUGUUCGACCUGGUGGACCCCAGCAAGGCCAAGGAAGAGAUCCAAGCAUCGAACCCCGGCUGCACCGUCUUGGGUGUGCAGUGCGACGUGACAAAGAACGAUGAGGUCGAGAGGGCGGUGGCGAGCGUGAAAGAGGCGUUCGGGCGGGUAGACUACCUGUUCAACAACGCGGGCUACCAGGGGGCGUUCAGGCCGCUGCCCGACUACCCCCCUGACGACUUCCGGAGGGUGCUGGACAUCAACGUGUCGGGCGUCUUCCACGUGCUGCGGGCCGUGAGUAAUGUCAUGAAGAGCCAGGAGCCACAAGGUCGCCCACCCACACAAGGAGGGAGAGCGAGGAAUGGACCGAUUGUGUGUGUGUGUGUGAUGGGUGGUUGUUCUGCGUCAGGUGGCUCGAUAGUUCAGACGGCGAGCAUGGCGGCUCACUCCGGCCCGCCCAACAUGGUGGCAUACGGCUCCUCAAAGGCUGCUGUCCACCACAUGACACGAAUCGCCGCCAAGGUGGGCCGGUGGGCAAAUACCGACGCUCCCCACGCGCCAUCAGCUGACUGUGUGUGUGGGUGGGUGGGUGGGUGGGUGUGCGUGUGUCAGGACCUGGCCCCCCACGACAUCCGUGUCAACUCAGUUUCGCCUGCGUUCACCGGUCCUGGCUUCAUGUGGACGCGGCAGGUGGAGCUGCAGGCCGAGGCGGGGUCGAUACACUAUGGUCAGUCAGUCGCGAUGGAUGGAGCCAACUCCCACCACACCACACAAAGAGAGCCAUCCAUCCAUCCAUCCAUCCAGCCUGUGUAUGUGUGUGUGUGUCAGAUAAGGACCCCAAGGUCGUUGCACAGCAGAUGAUCGGAUCAACACCCCUGAGGAGGUGGGUCGAAGUGACACACACACACACACACACACACACAGAGAGAGAGAGAAAGAGGGAGAGACAUUGCAAGUGUGUUGCUAUAUCAUGAACGUGCGUGUGUGUGCGUUUGCGCGCACAGGUAUGGUUCUGUUGACGAGGUGAUCGGCCCCGUGACCUUCCUGCUGAGUGACGACGCCUCAUACCUCACCGGGAUCGAUAUCCAAGUCACGGGCGGGAUGAACUAACUGAUCAGCUGACGGACUGACGCACCCACCUGUUGCCGAGAGAGAGAGAGAGACAGACAGCCAGCCGAUGCGAUGUCCCGUUUUCUGUCCACUUUGUGUAUCUGUUGUGUCUUCCCAUGCACUCACUGCACGUGUAUGUGUAUGUGUAUGUGUGUGUGUGAGUGAGGCGGUAAUUCAUCAUUCAUUCGCGAGGGCAGCCCAGCCUGGUAGAGAGAGAGAGAGAGAGAGAAAGAGAGGUCUGUCGUGUCGUGUGGGAGUGAGGUCUUUAUGUGGCGGUCGGCUUGCGGCGAAGGAAGGCAUGUGUCUGUCUGAGAUGCGAGGCUGGACGGGAUGGCCAGUCGCUUCUGUUGCGAUCCAGCAGACGCGGUUCACCCUCCACCCACCCACGUGUCAGUGACAGGUGCUGCAUGCCUCUGUGAUUCGUGAUUUCAGUGGCCAAGCUGAGGGCGUUCCGGUUUCCGUGUUAUGUGUGUGCGGAGCGGCAUGUGUGGUGCUCUCGUUGGUCUGAUGCGUGUAUCUGUUUACGAGGAAGACCUGCAGGGUGGGUCGCAUCUGCUGUCCAGCAGAUGCGGGUCGCCGUGCCGGUGGCCGCCGUUGACAGAUUCAUGACAUCAAGACAAAGUGACCGAUGAGGGACUGUGGACACACACGAGUGAGACACAAAUCAAACUGAAUCAGGCAGGGAGAAUGGGCAUUCAAGAGAU